AUGUGGUGCUAGGUGAGUUGUGCUGCAGUAGCAUUACACAAGCUGCCGAUGCUGUAACAAACCACUGUCUUGAAAGCAUUCGUAGAACAGAUUUACGUCUCCUGGUGACAGAACUAGUUUUAAACAGCAGAACUGUCUCAGGCUAAGCGGAGCCCUCACUAAGGCGGAGAAGUGUAUUGUAGGCUUUACCUUUCUAGGCAGUGCUCAAAGACUUGUAUACGGAUCUUCAUGAGGAAUGUGAUUUCAUGCUAUAUAAGGCUAAUAUCAACUGUCAUGUUUUGUUGUGCAUAGUUUAAAGAAUGAUGGAUAAGUGUGCUGUGUGUUAAAAUGGUCUUGUAAAAGCUUAAAAUUUCAGCUCAGUUCAGUGGGCUAAUUACGAAUGUUCCCCUUUACUUUCAUUUUUGUUCUGUAAUUCCCCUGUUCCUUUAUCUCCAGUGUCCAAAGUAGAGGGUUGAUGUGUUGUUGACUGACUCAAUCGUACAGCUGCUAACUUGGGAGUUUAAUAUGAAGGAUUUUGCUGUUCUUUUUAAAACACCUGUCUACAAAUGACACUUCAGAUUGCUUUUUUCUGUAUACUCUGAAACAACUUAGGAGCAACGUAAUACUGCAUUCUCAUCAAUUAGCCUGCUGUUAGUUAAGACACAUCUUGUGUGUGUUUAUAAGCAUGCUUACUUCAAAAUCUACUUGGUCAGAGAGGAUAAUUAUUCCUUAGUUAGCAUUACAAAAAUGAAGUCUUGUUCUCUUGGUCCGGACGUGCUGUGUGUUGUCAACCAGCAGGCCACUGUGCCUGUUCUGUGUGUUUAAUAAAACCCAAAGCAAAACCCUGCAUUCAUGAGCUUCUGGAAACAGGAUGUCCCUAUUAAAACUGUCUCACAAACGGAAGUUGCAAAACUUACUCUUCGCAAUUCAUCCCUCUCUGACUUGGAGAAAGCAGGACAAUUCUCCAUCAGGUUCCCACUUACUGAAAGAUGUCAGCAAUUGGAGUAGUGUCCUCCUGUUCCCAUCUCCGUCCUGGUGUAUGGCUGCUGAAACCAGGAAUGCAGAAGAUGAGCUCCUUCGGCUUACAUACAGCAGCCAGGUGUGCUGCCAAGGAUUAUUAUGAAGUACUUGUGUUGGGUGGAGGCACUGGUGGAAUCAGCAUGAGCGCUCGGAUGAAGAGGAAAGUGGGGGCAGAAAAUGUGGCUGUUGUUGAGCCAAGUAAGACCCAUUACUAUCAGCCACUGUGGACCCUGGUUGGUGGUGGUGCAAAGCAGCUGGCAACUUCUGCACGUCCAACAGGAAGCGUAAUGCCUAAAGGUGUUGAGUGGAUCAAAUCUCGAGUUACAGCAUUGGAUCCAGAUAAGAACUGCGUCUGGCUGGAGAAUGAUAUCAAGAUAUCUUACAAGUAUCUGAUAAUUGCCCUUGGGAUUAGUCUGCAUUAUGAAAAGAUCAAAGGCUUGCCUGAGGGUUUUCAUCACCCUAAAAUAGGUUCCAAUUAUUCAGUUCAUACGGUAGAGAAAACAUGGAAAGCUUUACAAGAUUUCAAGGAAGGAAAUGCUAUCUUCACUUUUCCAAAUACUCCAGUGAAGUGUGCAGGGGCUCCGCAGAAGAUCAUGUAUUUAUCAGAGGCCUACUGGAGGAAAACAGGAAAACGAUCCAAAGCAAACAUAAUGUUCAACACUUCACUUGGUGUCAUUUUUGGAGUUAAGAAGUAUGCUGAUGCGUUGCUUGAAAUAAUAAAGGAGAGGAAUAUUGCUGUUAACUAUAGGCGCAACCUUGUAGAAGUUCGAGCAGACAAGCAGGAAGCUGUGUUUGAAAACUUGGACAAACCCGGAGUGACUGAAGUUCAUCAGUAUGAAAUGCUUCAUGUCACACCCCCAAUGGGGCCACCUGAGGUACUCAUCAACAGUCCUGUUUCGGAUGAAAUUGGCUGGGUGGAUGUAGAUAAAGAAACUCUACAACACAAAAAGUAUCCUAAUGUAUUUGGUAUUGGAGACUGCACCAACCUUCCAACAUCAAAAACUGCUGCAGCUGUAGCUGCCCAGUCUGGAGUGCUUGAUAAAACUAUUUCCUUGGUAAUGAAGAACCAGUUGCCAACUAAAAAGUAUGAUGGAUAUACUUCCUGCCCACUAGUAACAGGCUACAACAAGGUGAUUCUAGCAGAAUUUGACUACAAUGCUCAGCCUUUGGAGACCUUUCCCAUUGACCAGAGUAAGGAGAGAGUAACCAUGUACCAUAUGAAAGCUGAUAUGAUGCCUUUUCUCUAUUGGAACGCACUACUUAAGGGAUACUGGGGAGGACCAGCUCCUGUCAGGAAGCUAAUGCAUCUGGGCUUGAAGUAACUGCUUGUUCUCAGUGUUGGUCAAACACUUUUGAAGAAAAAGGACUGGUCUCACAAUGAAUCAAUACAUAUCUUCCCUCCUGGACCACCUAGUAGACUGAUUUUUUUUUUUUUUUUUUAAAAUCAAGCUUUUGUCCUAAAUUCACUUUUCCUCCUACUAGGGAUUAAGCCUUGAUAUGUUCUUUCACUGCUCUUCUAUGUAAACCAAGGCGUUAAACUACUUCUGUACAUACACAGGAGUUUGAACUUGCAUUAAGCUACAGAACUACUGAAAUCUUCUAGAACAAUCAAUAAUUUUUAAAGCUGUUGUACAUGUAAAAUUUUCUCCCUGACUCUGAACGGAAUUGUCUGCAUCUGAGAUCAAUGCAUGCACUGAAUUUAACAGUAUAAUUCAAUGCUAGUAAAAUGGCCUGAAAACCU